AUGUCUCGCCAUAGACGCCAAGCAUCUCAAGUCCUACCACCAGAGAUACUAACCGGCAAUGAACCCUUAGUGGACUUAGGACAGGCAACUGCAGGUGGUCUUAGCACUACUCAUGCUUCAACUGGAGCCAAAACUGUUGCUGUCACCAAUGAAACAUCCAAAAAUAAUCCUCCCACCAUUCAACAUAAUCAAGAUCAAGCCUCCGGCCCCUCUCAUUUUCCACCCAAUGCAAAGAAGGCUCUGCCCUCUGGCAAACCUGCUUGA